AUGAAAUCUGAUGUGGUUGGCACAACUGCAGGCGCCUCAUCCUACUCCUCAGUAACAGGAUCCUCUAUUGGAUCCACUAGUGGUACAACAGGAGCAACCCUAGGGCUCCCUCGUCCUCUGACUGGAGCUGGAGCCCUCCCCCGGCCUCUAGAAAUGGAGGGAGCAGCCCCUCGACCGCCUGGAGUGGCAGUUGACCCUUUACUUGAUGAUGCGGGUAAAUACCCGAGGGGCGAGGGUAAUCCCCCAACCGCUACACUACCUGAUUCCACUAUACUUGACCAGGCCACACCAGUUCCUGCACCUACUGAGGGUGCAGCAGUUCUUCCAACUGAUAUUCCGAUUCCACCUCCAGUCCCAGCUUCUGAUUCUGGUAUUUCCAACGGGGCUCUUAGGGGAGCUAUCCAGAUGCUGACACAGAUAGUGGCUUCUCAGGCUCAGAGAUCAAAUGUUACACCCACUUCUUCUAUCCAACAAGGGGGUUCUAUUGGUUAUAGGGUGAACAACUUUUUUCAAUUGGAUCCUCCGAUGUUCACGGAUCCUGAGGCACCUACACUCGAGUUUGUGCCACUGGUGAAUGAAUUACCAGAGGUCUUUCCUGAUGAGCUCCCUAGGAUUCCGCCAGACAAGGCGAUUGAUUUUGUGAUUGAUGUGAUGACAGGCAUGCAGCCUAUAUCUAUUCCUCCCUACAGGAUGGCACCAGCCACACUAGUUCCUGUACCUACUGAGGGCGCAACGGUUCCUCCAACUGAUAUUCCGGUUCCACCACUAGCUCCAGCUUCCGAUUCUGGUGUUUCUAAUGUGGAUCUGAGGGGAGCUAUCUAG